AGCUAAAGUCUCCAGUGAAUAUUGAAUUGCUAAGGCAUUUGGGGGAAAAAAAAGUUUCCAUUCCAUGGAUCCCUUGGGUGCACCUUCCCAGUUUGUGGAGGUGGAUACACUACCAAGCUGGGGUGACUCCUGUGAAGAUGAAUUAAAUUCCUCUGACACCACAGCUGAAAUAUUUCAAGAAGACACGAUUAGAUCUCCUUUUCUUUAUAAUAAGGAUAUCAAUGGAAAAGUGGUUCUUUGGAAAGGUGAUGUGGCAUUACUGAACUGUAUAGCCAUUGUGAAUACCAGCAAUGAAAGUCUCACAGAUAAGAAUCCUGUGUCAGAAAGUAUUUUCAUGCUUGCAGGACCUGAUUUGAAGGAGGAACUCCAGAAACUUAAAGGUUGCCGAACAGGUGAAGCAAAGUUGACAAAAGGAUUUAACUUAGCUGCCCGGUUCAUCAUACACACAGUGGGACCUAAAUACAAGAGCCGCUACCGCACAGCGGCUGAGAGUUCCCUGUACAGCUGCUACAGAAAUGUGCUUCAACUGGCGAAAGAGCAGUCAAUGUCUUCUGUUGGAUUCUGUGUCAUCAAUUCUGCAAAACGAGGUUAUCCUUUAGAGGAUGCAACACACAUAGCACUUCGCACAGUAAGGAGAUUCCUAGAGAUUCAUGGAGAAACCAUUGAAAAAAUAGUAUUUGCUGUCUCUGAUCUUGAAGAGGCUGCAUACCAAAAGUUGCUACCUCUGUACUUCCCAAGGUCGUUAAAGGAGGAGAGUCGAUCUUUGCCAUACCUACCUGCGGAUAUUGGAAAUGCAGAAGGAGAGCCUGUGGUACCUGAACGGCAGAUUAGAAUAAGUGAGAAACCUGGUGCUCCAGAGGAUAACCAACAAGAGGAGGAUGAAGGUUUGGGAGUCGAUCUCUCUUUCAUUGGUUCUCAUGCUUUUGCUCGAAUGGAAGGAGAUAUUGACAAGCAAAGAAAAUUGAUCCUUCAGGGACAGUUAUCAGAGGCUGCCCUGCAGAAGCAGCAUCAAAGAAAUUAUAAUCGCUGGUUAUGUCAAGCAAGAUCUGAGGAUCUGUCUGAUAUUGCUUCUCUAAAAGCCUUAUACCAAACAGGUGUUGAUAACUGUGGUCGCACCGUGAUGGUGGUAGUUGGAAGAAACAUUCCUGUAACAUUAAUAGAUAUGGACAAGGCUCUUUUAUAUUUUAUCCAUGUAAUGGAUCACAUUGCUGUGAAGGAAUAUGUAUUAGUAUAUUUUCACACACUGACCAGCGAAUACAAUCACCUGGACUCUGACUUCCUGAAGAAACUCUACGAUGUUGUUGAUGUCAAGUACAAGAGGAAUUUGAAGGCUGUUUAUUUUGUUCAUCCAACUUUUCGUUCAAAGGUGUCAACAUGGUUUUUUACCACCUUUUCUGUCUCAGGACUGAAGGACAAAAUCCACCAUAUGGACAGCCUCCACCAACUGUUUUCUGCCAUAUCACCAGAACAGAUCGACUUCCCUCCUUUUGUCCUUGAAUACGAUGCCAGGGAAAAUGGGCCUUACUACACUUCAUAUCCCCCAUCACCAGACUUGUGACCUGCUGUCUUUCAGUUCUUCUUGAUUCCAAGGAUGCCACUUCCUCCAUGAAUCGCUGCCUAUUGAAGUGAUAUUCAUUUUUGCUGUACAGAUCCAGAGAGCCUUUUUCCCCACCUCUCUGGUAUUUUUUUAUUGACUGUAUAUUUUCUGGCACAUAAGCAAUCUGAAAAUGGUGGGCCAUUCUGAACUGCACACAUUUUAAAUUUGUAUAUUUGUAUCAAAUGGAAUUGUUCGUUUUUAGAUUGUUGUUCAUAGAAAUUGGGGAACAACUUUUUAGUACCUUCAGUUUCCUGAAAGACACUGAAUUCUGCAUUAGACAAGCCGCCCCUGUUUGCUCACGUCAUCUCUUUAACAUUGCACGCUUCCUUUGUGAACUUAGGAAUUUCUCGAAAAAUACAGAACCCAUGUCUGCUGACCGGAUGCAUCGUUUGCAUCAGAUCCUGAUAUUAGUAUCAUUUACAUUUUAUACAGAUAAUUUGGUUAUGAUAAAAGAG